UCAUGUGAGGAAGCUGAUACAGAAACCGUGUGACCAGCCUCAGUCCACACAUCCUGCCUAUUGUGUCGGCUGCAGGGCUUCAGGUCCAGACCUGCUCCGGCCGCUGGAGCCUGAAUCAUGUCACUUUGUCUUGCCACCGUGCUGGCCGUCGUGCUGUGCCUGGGACAGACAGUUAACACCAAGGAAGGGUUUCUGGAGAUUCCUUCCAUCUCCGCUGAACCAGGCCUUACUGUCCCCCAAGGGCAUUUUGUAAUCUUUGUGUGCUCAAGCUCUAGUGGGUAUGACAUAUUCCGCCUGGAGAAGAAAAACUGGAAAGUCAUGGAUGAGACGAGCACCCCCGAUUCUCUGACAGAGGCUCGAUUCCGCCUUGGCCCAGUGGAUGACAGCUUUGCUGGGAGCUAUACCUGUAUCUAUGAGAAAGAGUCCACCUGGUCCCCACGCAGUGAGGCCCUGGAGCUGAUGGUAACGAGAGAAUAUGUCACCCAGGCUCCUGACCCAGGCAAAUCAACAAAACUGGGAAAAACCACCCCGAGUGAGGAAACCUGGACCUACAAAGACAAGCAUGACACAUCUUGGCUGAAGACCAAUGGCGUUUAUAUACUCACUGGCGUCUCUGUGAUCUUCCUCCUUUGUCUUCUCCUCCUCCUUCUCUUCUGCUUCCAUAGCCAUCGGCAAAAAAAGCAGGGGCUCACAAACAGCAAGAAGCAGCAGCAGAGGCCACAAAAGAGACUCAGCCUAGUUACUAAUGGCCUGGAGAGUACACCAGACAUAGUCACAGAUGACAGGCUUCCUGAGGACAGAAGGUCAGAAACCCAGAUCCCUGUUGCAGGAGGCCUUCAGGAGGUGACAUAUGCCCAUCUGGACCAUCAUGCCCUCACACAGAGGACAGCUGGAGCUAUGUCCCCACAGAGCAGAGAUACCACGCCCGAGUCCAGCACAUACGCAGCUAUCAUCAGACGCUGAGCCUGGGCACACUUGGAGACACGCACAAUCACUGUUGGAAAAGCCCGACAGCCAUUCAAGGGCUCCUUUUGGGAUCACCCUGGUGUGGAAAGCAAGCCAGACAGUUCUGCUUGAGACAGAAACCAGACCCCUGGAGG